AUGACGACAAGACUCGCAGAACCGAUAGAAGCCCCGGAAAUAGUUGAGAAACGCCAGAAGCUUGAGGACUCGGAUGAUUCCACGGAGAAAUCGGACAGUUAUGAUCUGCAAGGACCGUCCAAAGCGAGUUCACCUGAUGCCAAAACAGAACCUGACGAAGAUGGCUUCGUAUCGAAACUAUCCGAGUAUGAGGAAAUGUUCAAGGACCGGUAAGAUUUGUUCUUUCUAUUUUUUUGUUUUUAGAGCCAUAAUGGAGACAAUUUAAUGGGGAUAAUGAUAGAUUAUCCGACCUUACUUUCAGGUAUACCCAAAACGAUGUAGAUUACGUGAAUCGCGUAAACCAACCGUUAGAGCCCAUAGUAAUGCCCAAUUGGUCAGCCCCACGGCAAUUCUUCCGUCGGAAUGGCAAUUCGAAUUGGCGAGGGAACGGUGAGUAUCUAGUGUAAUAUAAAAAGCUUCAAUUUUUAGGUGAAUUUCAGAUUACAGUUAAUUAAUAUCGGCUUUCAGGUAAUCCCAGAGGCAAUGCGGGUAAUUUCCAACGGAAUUGGGGGCAGAAUCAAGGCCAUCAGUCGGGGCGCGGGUAUAGCCGAGAUUAUCACUCGGAUCGGCGGAGGUGA